AUGCAGCUAUGGAUCAACUCGCUUCCUGGCGAGGUUCUCGACCGUAUUCUAGCACGUUUGACAGUGGCAGAGGUGUUUGCUUUUGUUGAUCCUAUCACAUUGCACCAAAACCCAGGUAUAAGAAAAGCUGUCAUCAAUCGCGUAAACCAUGCUCCAUUGCUUGCCCAUAAUAGAUUGCAACAAACCUACUUGGUGAUGUACUUGCUUUCGCCAAACUUUCUCGCAAAACUGACCAUGGAGCCUAUGCAUCUUGAUAACUUGGAAAUGCUUUGGAUGAUGGAAUCCACAUGGGGACUCAGGCUCUCCCACCCUGUAACCAUGAGUUUUCACAUUUGGAACUUACUUGCUGCUACCGAUCUUCUCAAUCACUUGAAGAGACUCGAAACCAGUAACCUUGAAUACAACAUCGAGAUUGAAUUCGAUCCUUCUAUCCUUCCUAAAUUGAGCAUGUUUUAUCUCAUCAAUCAGAUCGCCCGUUGCGCCGGUACGAAAAUACGAUCAAUUCUGAUCCUAAAUUACGAAGGGGGCUUCACCUUCGAUCCAUCUAUGAUACCCAACCUCAAUGCACUCUGGAUAGAAAACAGCGACGUGAGUUUUGCUGGUCCAUUCUCGCCGCUGCUCAAAUGGUUAUGUCUUCAUCCAAACAAAAACGGUUAUGCCCGCAAUAGACCGGUGCACAUAAAUUGUUCGCUUCCCUGCAACGCUUCCUCGAUCCUCCUAGGCAACUGUUUGAUCGACUCUUCCUCGGACAAGUACCCAUUUCCCCACCUGAUUCGAACCUUGAGCUUGGAAAACAUCAAAGACUUGACUCCGUCGCAUUACCUGCGCCGAUUGAUGGAGGAAAACCAAAAUUUGCGGUCUCUUACGAUAGUCAAUUCGAUAUCAACGAUCGACUUGAAAACACUCGAUUCUUUCGGGGUUUCCAACGUGCAAAAACCCAAUUGGGAUCUUGGCGGUACCUACUUGACGUCGCUUCAAAUCAGCCGCAGUGCAUUGAGAGACAUAGUGUUGCCUGAUACUCUACGUGAGUUGAAUAUAUCCAAUAAUGGCAUCGUGGACUUGCAACGCAUAAAUCUCCCGGAAUCCUUGGUCUCAUUAAAGGUAUCAGACAACCCAAUUGAUUGGACUGGUGGGGUGUGGUUUCCGCCCCGGCUCAAAUACCUUGACUUGGGGAAUACUGGCAUCAAAUCGUUGAAACCAUUCGUAUUUCCCGACUCAGUGGAAAUAUUAAUCUUGGCAGUUAACAAGAUUGAGUCAAUUGAUGGAAUAAAAUUCCCAAGCAAACUUCGUCUCUUGGCCAUUGGAAUGAACAAAAUAACACAGGUCGUUAACCCCAUAUUACCGCGCAACAUUCAUACUAUCCACUUCACCGAAAACCAUAUUGGCAAUUCAUUUCGUUUACUCAACGAUCAGGAUGGAAAUCCUCUCAACUUGAAAGUGCUCUUCAUCAACCAUAACCGUAUAACGGACUUUUCUGCAAUCAAGUAUCCAAGAAGUGUGGAGAUCCUUAACCUCGACAAUAAUAAUAUUUUAAGCCUCAGAAACGUUGAAUUCUCACCUAAUAUUCAAGAUCUCAGCUUCCGAGGAUGUGACCUCUCAUAUAUCCGCAAUGUCACCUUUGCAGAGAAUUCCAAGUUAAUCACUUUUAUCAUGUCCAUUAACGACCUCAAAACUAUCGACCGAAAUACCAUCCAAUUUCCUCCCUCCGUUCAACUUAUCAACUUUGGCGGUUGCGCAAUUGACUCGGUUGAUCCAGAGACUUUUACACAUUUGCAUUCCCUUCGACACUUGUCGUUUGCUGGCAACAAGCUUAAGAGUUUAGUGUUGUCACUUCCUAGUUCGGUCCGAGAGUUGGACGUUUGUUGUAACAAGAUCAGGCGACUACGAUUGAACUUUCCUGCCAAUUGUGAUAGUUCUUUAGCGGCAUUAAAUAUCUCUCAGAACAAACUCAGCAAGUUUUCUCCCUCGCUAAUUGGUCAUGGUGUUAACGGCGUCUAUCACCAAAACUUGGUUGAGAUUGAUAUCACUAACAACAAAGUUACAGACAAUUAUAUGGCAGCUAUACUUGAUGACAUGCCCAGAUCUUUAGUAGCUUGCUUUGUUGGCUACACAGGGACCCAAGACAGUUACGGGUAUGAUAUUGGGCAGAAUAUACUCGACCACCCUUUAUGUCUUGGAAAGAGAAUAGAUGUCUCUCAUUUAUGA